UUAAUUUGACCAUCUUACAAGCCUCUUAUGAUCAAUAUAGGAUCUAUAACAUAUUAAUAUGAAUCCCAGAUAUCCACACAGUUUCUAAAAUCGACGUAGUCUGCAGGAUUUGGGCCUGAAAUUUAGCUUUAAAUCUGGGAAGUAUCCCAUGCUGCACUGCGAGCAUCAUGGCGGCUGGAGGCAGGACUGUGGCGUCCUCACACGACUGAAACACAAAAAUCAGCCGAGUUUACCGUCAAAUGGAGGUUUGAAAGCUGUCGCAGUCUGUAUCAGGAGUUCGUCAGUAGCGUAGAUCAACCUCUGCUGUUCGCCAUGUCGACGGGAUCGUCAGAUAAAUCCUCGGACCCGCCCACCCCCCAGUCGCCUGGACCCGACCCGGUGCACGACCUGCCAGAGGAGGUCCUCAGGGCUGGUUGGCGUCGGUUCUGGAGCAAGCGUGAGAAGAGAUGGUACUACUUCAACAAGAUGACGGGAGAGUCGCUGUGGGAGAUGCCGGUGGUUCACAAGUCCCCACAUAACGGGGUGCCGGGGGGAUCUGACAGAAUUACGGACCCUCUCGGCAUCAGCGUGCCGGACACGCCGACAGACGUGCGGUCGCCGCCGCCCUUUGACCUGAAGCGUCGGCGCGACUCGGAGGCGAGCAUCACCAGCCUGGGGUCCAUGAGCCCCAGCAAGAGGAUGAAGAUGGAGGGACCGGUGUACUGGAACUUUGACAUCCUGAGUAACGCCAUCAUCUUCGAGCACCCCCCCUGCACUAUGCCUCCCGUGCACCCCGAGGCGGAGUCCUACCGCGCACAGCUCACCAACAAGCUUCGGUCCCAGUACCAGGAGCUCUGUCAGACCAGAGAAGGAAUUGAUGCACCGCGGGAAUCCUUCAACCGCUGGAUCCUGGAGAGAAAGGUCAUGGACCGGGGCAACGACCCCAUGUUACCUACGCACUGUGCCCACGAGGUGUCGCCCUCCAUGUACAGAGAGAUCAUGAGCGACAUCCCCGUCCGCGGCUGUCGGCUCAGACAUCCCGUCGAGGCGCGGAAAUAUGUCUUCAAGUACGCUGAGGCAGCUAAGAAAAUGGUGGAGUCUAGAAACUGUUCCCCUGACAGCCGUAAGAUAGUGAAGUGGAGUGUGGAGGACAUCAUGCAGUGGCUACGGCGGCAGAACAGCGCUACUCUGGAGGACUAUCAGGAGAGACUGACUCACCUGAAGACGCAGUGUGGCCCUCACCUGACGGACGCAGCCAAGUCCUCCGUAGAAGGGAUCUGCCAGAAGAUCUACCACCUGUCCUGCGAGUCCGCCAAGAAGAUCUACGACAAGCACUGGGAGAUUCUCAAGGAGCACGGGAUCGAAGAGAUCCAGCGUAAGUUUGAGGUGCACAAGCGGCGGGUGCAGUGUUACCAGAUCCACAUGGUGGUGUCGUGUCCCCGGCUGCCCUCCAUCUCUUACCACGUGGAGAACAACGUCGGCUGCCUCAGGUUCAAGGGGGAGGUCCUCACACUCAACCAGAACUACCUACAGAAACUGGAGCAUCUCUACCGCAUCCAUUGCCGUGACGACCGGCCGCUGGAGAACUUCCUGCCCAGAGUGUGGUGCCUGCUCAGGAGAUAUCAGGGCUUCGCUGACUCCGGCCACGACUUCGCUCGUCGCUGGGCAACGCCGGGGCGCGGCGGAGAGCGGUCGUCUGGCGGCAACGGCCCUGCAUCUCAGACGCUGUUCGGCUCCAGCCCUAACGAGGGGACGGGACUGCAGGGCGCGCUGCCCGUUCCCGUGUUCGAGGCCGUCCACAAGCACUUCGGCGUGACCUUUGAACUGUUCGCCUCGCCGCUGAACUGCUACUUCAGACAGUACUGCUCAGCCUUCCCGGACACGGACGGAUACUUCGGCUCCAGAGGGCCUGUACUUGACUUCCACCCUGUGUCAGGGUCAUUUGAGGCCAACCCUCCAUUCAGUGAAGAACUCCUCAAUGCCAUGGCAGAACACUUUGAGCGUCUCCUAGCAACCUCCUCGGAACCCCUGUCGUUCCUGGUGUUCAUCCCGGAGUGGAGGGACCCGCCCAUCCCCGCCCUGCUCAGGAUGGAGAACAGCAUAUUCAAGAGAAAGACAGUGGUGGUACCGGCCUUCGAGCACGAGUACAGAAGCGGACUUCAGCAUGUGUGUUCUGGGUCUGACCUGUACCACAAGUCUGUGCACGGCACCCUGGUCCUGAUCCUGCAGAACGAGGCGGGCUUCGCCAAGUGGGGUCCGACGGACGAGCGCGUGAAAGGUCUGCUGGACGCGUACAAGCCGCAGGGGAACCCCUCGCCGAGCACAUCCGCCAGCGAGGGACGACGGGAGUCCGUGGACGGGAAAAGCGCCACGGAAUCCAGAAGUAACUCCAAGGAGGAGAAGAGAUGAGCAUGCACACCCCCUGUUUGCAUAAUGGUAUGAUCCUACUCAAGUGGGUCUCUCAGCAGAAAUGGAACAGUACUUUGUCUUUUCAGGGGUGGGAAAGAUUUUACCUAGAUUGUGAUAUUAUUAGAAUAUGUUAGCAUAUUUUUUAUUCAAUGAUGUACAAAGCCAUCUGUUGUGAAGGUUUUGUUAACGGGUGUGUGCAUUUUUUGUAUGUAUGUAUUAAUAUUAUUACUAGUAAUCUUUUUGAUGCAGUAUGUUCUCAAUAUUUGUACCAACAAGAGUACAGGAGUUGGUACUUCUCUAAUUCAGAUUGUAUCAUUGAACUAGUAAGUCUACCGGAGAGACUUAAAAAUUGUUACUUCAGGUCACUUUUCACACUUUUAAUCUUUUUCACACCUUGGUUACUUUGCAGAUGAACAGCUUAUAUUUGAAGGGUUAUGUUUUUUUAAUUACAAAAUGUAUUUAUUUAGCUCUUGAGUACAAGAAUUGUCCUCAAGUUUUAUAAAUUUUAAUAAUGUUUUUCUAAAUUCAGCAAACUUCAAUAGAGGGAAGCAAAAGUUUGAAAUGAUGGUGGAAAUUUUCGUACGAAAAGGACUUUUAAAAGUGGGGAUUUUUCUGUAAUGAAGGAACAGCAAAGAUUUAGGACCUCUCGAUAAUUAACACAUGGUCAGAAUUGUGCCACAAAACUGAUAGGAUGACAAGGAAUCAAAACAGCGAAACAAUUUGGUGAUUCAUUGCGAUGAUUAUCACACUGAUUAUUGUCAUCAUGAGGGUAAGAGUGAUUUUACUGGAUCAGUCAUUGGCAUCUUGCUGUGUUUACAAAAAAUAAUGUACAUUUCACUUCCUUUCUCGUUUCAUGGCUUGGUCUUUUGGUGGCAGUAGAACAAAGUAUUUUUUCCUAUUGUGUAAUAUAUGAUAUAUAUGAGAUAGACUUUGACAUGAUGUAUUUGUUAGUGUACUAGGUUAUGCUCAUCAGAAAAAUCAAAGAUAUACUUACAUUGUUGAAUAUGAUGUAGAUGACAAGUAUAGUUUAGUACAGAUAUGUAUGGAGCUCUAGCUACCUUUAACUUCCCAUGCCCCUAGUUUUCUUAUUGGUUUUAUGGUAAUAGAAAUGGCCAUGUUUUUGUGCAUCAAUGGUCAUGGGUCCUUCAGGGACCAGUGCUCAUAUGAAGAGGAUAGUGCUUCAAGAAAACCUCCUUGACAAAACACAAUCUCCAAGCAUACGUUGGGAUGAAAACUUAUUUGUGACAAACAACCAUCAAAAACUUGGCAACCAGAAAACAUGACGAUCCCCCAUCUCAACAUCCUCUUGUGCUGUACAUUUCAAACACCAGGGGCAGGUGAAGUUUGAUGUAUUAGGUUGUUCAUACAUGUCUGAUGUAAAUUAUGUACAGUAUUGUUAUUACAUGGUGUUGUACAGAUUGGAAUGACGUUAGGUAGUAGUGUUUUUACAGAUAUUUGUUAUGAUCAUAUGGUGCAUGGAAAAAGUGUCAGGUAUGAUUUUAUGAUAAUGUUUAUUUGGUUACUUUACAAUUGAUUUUUUUAAAAUCGCUGUACAGGAAAAUUUUUAUUGGUCUUAGUGAUAGUUUAGUUGAAAAGCAAAAUCAAUGUGAUAUAAGAUUCUCCUAAACACAAGAAUCAGAGACUAGUAGUAGUGAGGACAAUGAUAUGGCAAUCAGCAUCUGUGAUAGUUUAGUACUCCAGGCCUCUCCAACAUCAUUCAUUGGUCCACAGACAAAAGUGUUAAAAAGGAGUAAGAUUUGUAUGUGCAUGUACCUUAAAUAGUGGUUGUUGUGUGUGAGAAAUAUGGGUUUGGGAAGGGUGUAUUUUCACAGUAGGUUAAAACUUUUUAUAUACAUCAAACAAAGACUGUCAAAGGACCAAAUCAAUUUUGUUCUUAUAAUAUGUUACCUUCUCCUUUGUGAAUUUGAAAAAACACAAGAAGUCAACAAAUCUGCAUGUUUGAAAUUGUAAGUCAGCUGGAGUAACUGCCAUUUGGCUAGAGACACCUAUGUAUCUCUUGGUCGCUUUCUGUUACAAAAAGACUGGACUCACUCCUUAACUCACCAGCCAGUUUAUUGUCUGUUGUUCCUGGCCGGAGAACUUAUUCUUUUCGCCUGUCAUUUGAAAACUUGAACAGGCGCGCUGAUUGGCCAAACUAAAAAAAAAUCAGCAGAGGCUUCAUCCAGCGCGUGAGUUUGAAUUGGACCGUUUUGAUAGGCCAAUCAGUGCUCUUGUUCAAAUAUGCAAAUGAUGGAAGAAAAGGGUAUGUGUGCUGGUUGAGUUUUUGCCCAGGAAGCGAAUGAGAGAGCGUACAAGAACUAAAAAGGCGGGUGCCCAGGCUAUAACACAAGCUUUACAGCCACACCUGAAUUAAGGGUGCCUCAUGUUUAUUUGAAAUGGUUGCUAAGAGAUGGUUAGAAUUUGUAUCUGAUUCUACCUUACAUUGGAAUCAUGCACAAUAUCAAAAUAUGGAAAAAUUUGUUGUAUAUCAUUGAAAUAGGAAAAAAAAUUAUUGCACACACUAGGUGAGAUGUGUAACAGACCACAGACAUAUAUUGUGUAAAGUGUAUAUUAGACAUGGAGUUUAGCAUGAGCAUUUUUCUCCUGUGUGAAAUGUGAUGUGACUUGUGUGGUAGUUGACAAUAGGUAUUGAUUGUACAGUAUAUUUAUGAUAUGGUUAUAAAAUGCACUGUCCUUGAUAUCAUAGAACACAUUAAACAAUGGGAAGCUGAGGCCUGUAUAGCACCUUAAGUAUGAUGUACCCACACAUGUAAUACAAUAUAUCAUAGCAAAUGUAUGCAACAACUUUAUAUAGAAAGUCUGUGCAGCUUUUGUGAACAAAGCAUUGACGUUGCACUCUUCAUUUUGUCUUUUGUGGCUUAUAGAUUGCUGUUACAUACCAACAGGGCAGGCACUCUCUAUUUUAGUGGUUUCAGUAAGGGCUUAGCAUGAGUGACUUAGUGAUUUGGGGCUAUUUCUAAUGGAAUGUUCCCUAUAUUUCAUGUUAUUUAUCUAGAAAAGGCAACCAGACAUUUUGAUGGAGUGUAAUUAUUAUCCCUGGGUAUGAUAUAAGACCAGAAAUGAAGAUUUGUGCACUUAAAAUGUCUGUUUAAAAGUAUUUGACAACAAACUGAACUAUCGCUACAACGGAAGUGUUGGGCUACAAUCAAACAUCAGAAACUCAAGUUCAUGUGGUGCAGAAUAUGACACAUUCCAAGUCCAAGUGUACAUCAGUAUUCAAGACAAGGCUGUACAGAGUUGCAUGACCCACAAGUACUUAGGUACAAACUGUAGAUAAACAAGGAAGAGUACAAAAACUUGUCUGUGCAAACAACUUUUAACUUAGCAAACAACUGACUUUUUGUGCAACUUUCAGAUAACGUUAUGGCUGACCAUUGCUAUACAUAUGCCAUGCUGCCCAGUGUAUAGAAAAAGGGAGUCUAUGUGCUCUUUUGUGCAGUGUUCUGUGGUUAAGUUUCAUCAUGAUGUCAUAUUUUGUAUUUUCUUGUGAAAAAAAAAGUAUCUCUCUAUAUAUAUUGAA